GACAAGCGCGUGUCGACUGACUUCACUGCGUUUAAACUUUAACGAGGACGAAACAGUCGAGACGUACUUAGAGGAGCAAUCUGUUCCUAGUUAUUAUGAUCCUGACUUGCAAGCAUCAUUUAACAAACCUGGCUGUGCUAUUUUGGACGAGAUAAACAACUUUAUCUUGUGGACCGGAUGGGACAGAUGGGAGUAAGGAUGCUUCACAGGAACCUGCUGCAGGCUGCUUGCCUGUGUUGUCUGUUGGCUGUUCAGGUGCACAGCUGUCCAGAUGCCUGCAGCAAGUGUUCAGGUCCAGGAAGCGACCAGUGUGAGGAAUGCAGAGCAGGAUGGACGCUCCAUAAUAACACCUGUGUAGACAUUGAUGAGUGUGGCACUGAGCUGGGUAUCUGUCCUACAAACAGCUACUGCUUCAAUACAGACGGUUCCUUUGAGUGCAGAGACUGUGACCGGGCCUGUGUGGGCUGUAUGGGUAGCGGACCAGCACGCUGCAGGAAAUGUGCCUCUGGGUACACACUGACAGGGUCCAAAUGUUUGGAUAUAGACGAGUGUAGUGACAGGAUACUUGCCUGUCACGGUCUGGAUGAGAUCUGUACCAACACAGAGGGCUCUUUCCGCUGCGACUGUGCUGAAGGAUUCAUCCAUAAGGGCGGCGUCUGUGUGAAGAAGCAGCAGCCUCGUGUUGAGGAGAAAGGCCUGUUUGAGGACAUCCAGGACGACGAGGUGGAGGUGCUGCAGCAGAUGGUCUUCGGGGUAGUUCUGUGUGCUCUGGCCACGCUGGCUGCUAAGGGAGAUUUGGUCUACACAUCUGUAUUCAUGGGAGCGGUGGCAGCCAUGGCAGGGUACUGGCUUUCUGACAGGGGAGACCGUUUGUUAGACAGCUUGAUAAGGGGACGUUAGAGCUCUAAAGUUUUGCCAAAAAGGACUUUUAUCUGCCACUACUUGCCAAAAAUGAUUUCAUACUUUAAUUUACAGUGUACUUAUAUUACAGACAAUAUAUAGUAAGUUAUUGAUAUGAACUUACUUUAUGCUCUAAAAUGUGUUAAUUAGUGUCUCUAUCUGUGAGAGAAAUGAGCAGGGCAACUUUUAACAACCACAGAACCAUGAGAAAAAAUGAAACAUUUUAUGUUUAAGGACAGAUCGCAUUAAAUACUUAGUGCUAAAUGUCUCAACAUGUACAGAGAAUAAAUCUACCCACAAGGAAACAAUGUCCCUUUGUUCAUGUUUUAAGCCCCAUAACGAAAUUCAGAUAUUCUUUAGAUGCAGACUAUUACAAGAAUUGACGAAUCAAGUUGCUAGUGUGCUUGUUUGCACACAGUAUUGAACCAUGAUUUUAUUUGUACUCAGUGCCUGAAAUGGGCACCAGCAGCUUUGGAUUUUCUCAAUAAGUACCCUUACUUAUUUUUAUUAACAGUUUUAUUAAUUGGCUGAUAUUUAUGUGCCAUUUUUCAGGAUUUAUUAGGAGAAACCAGACAAUUGUUUAUAAAAUCAGACCCCAACCCCAAAUAGAACAAUACUUUUUAUACGUUUAAUAACUACAUUUUCCCAUCACUGCAAUGAUUUGACAGAUGAUAAAAAUCUAAAUAUAUACAGGACACUGAAUGUGUAACACAGCUGCUGAGUUAAGAGUACUGGCACCUUUUUGGUUUAAUUUAGGCACUGGUAGUACUAGAAAAUACUAGAAGAUUUUAACUUUGAGUAGAAAAUCACAAACAGAGACAGAA